AUGAAAACGUGCGCAGCUUGCAACGUACAAUUUAACGAUGGAGUCCAGUGUGGUGGCUGCAAGCAACAUCUGGAUUUUGGAUGUGCCAAUAUUUCGGAAGCUGGUUGGCGAAGGCUUGGUGCCAACAGAAUGGCUCAAUGGAAGUGCCCCACUUGUCGAAUGUCAUCACCAGCUGUGCCUGCUCCCGAACCAGCGUCUCUCGAAACUAUAUUGUCCGAAAUUCGCGACAUGAAACGCCAACUACUUAGUUUGCCGACUUUGGUAGAUGAUAUCCGGGUUAUCAAGGAUGAGUUAGCUGAGCUAAAAAUUACAUGUGAAGGCACGAGUGGUAGACUUGAUGAGUUUGACACCCGACUUGCGGAGGUGGAACUCAAAGCAUCAGAACUUGGCAAGCUUCAGGAAACUGUCAAUUGUUUGCAGGCGGACUUGGCGAGGUCUAAGUAUGAACUCGCAACCUAUGAACAGCGAUCCCGGCUUAAUAAUGUGGAAAUUAAGGGAGUUCCUGUAAGAAAGGAUGAAAAUCUUUUCUCCAUUAUUGAAGCUAUCGGCCAGAAGGUUAAUUACACCUGCCCCAAAUCCCAGGUGAACUAUAUUUCGAGAGUACCUAUAUUCAACUCCAACGAAAAAUUAAUUAUUGUGAGUUUCUUAAACCGGUACGUGAAAGAAGACUUUAUAGCAGCUGCUCGUGCCGUCAAGGACCUUUCGACAUCCCAUAUUGGAUUCCAGGGCUCAUCUCAGCGUAUUUAUGUGAAUGAUCACCUGAGCAUUGAGUACAAGAAGCUAUUAAGUAAAGUCAAGAUCAUGGCCAAAGAGAAAUAUUAUGAGUUCGUAUGGGUAAAGCACGGGAAAAUCCAUAUAUUAAAAAACACUAAUUCUAAAGUUGUUAUUAUUCGAAAAGAAUCAGAUUUAAACAAGAUUGUAUAA